AUGGAGAAGACUCAGCGGAAGUCGUCACUACUCGUCUGUGCUCUUGCUGAUUGCCUCGUUGUCUCACCCGUUGCCGUCUAUUCGAGUUGUCAGGGAGAAAGAUCGGGAGGUGGCCUCCCGCGGACGUUCGCUGAGGCUUAUCGGUGGUGGGAUUUUAGGGUGACGACGGAAUUAAGUCAACUAAUUCGACCGACAGUUGGCGUCCCAAACAUCACGGGAGAAGCCGGGAAUCUGGCCCCUCUGCUGUGGAAUCAAUGGGAGAAAUGGAUGGCUACACCCUUGCGCACAGUCCUUCAUGCUCCAACCGUCGCCGAAAAGAAGCCGAGAGCCGCCGCCGGGGUAAUUUAG